CAACCCUGCAAUUUAGGAUUAUCGAAGUAUUGCCGUGAGCCAUGUGUUUGCUCGACUGCAAGAAUAGAAGGCCUUAUGUCAAUGGGUACCGUUGUCACAUGUUUCGCAGUUUAAUGAAAUCAAUUUUAAGUUGAAAUAAUUUAUGCGUAAUAUGGAAAUUUUCGUGGAAAAUCUAUUAAAUUCGGUCCAUUUCGGUAUUUCGUUAGUUGCCUGAUCGAAGCCUUUUUUUUCGCUGACUCGUCGUCGAUGCAGCGUUUGUCGUCUCACACGGCGUUCACAAUUGACUCAAUAAUAUCGCCGACUUCCUCGGCCUCUCCGAGAACACCAUGUGCACCAACUCUACCGAUACCUUUUCUCUACAACGGAUACUUGUUUUUCCCUCGCGCUGGACUUUAUCCUGGACUACCGAUACCGCAACCGCCGUCUCUUUGUUCGUCAGAAUUAUUGUCCUCCUCUCUGGUUGGUUCGUCUACCGCUUCCUGCACUUCACCCACAGCUCUACGCUCGGCCCUACCGAGUUUGGCUGCACUUCUUCCGCAAAAUUACUGCACAGUGCCUUCGGUGAUCUGCCCACACGAUGAUCUACCGAAGACGACGGAAGAUGAUCGACAAAGUCCCGGUCGUUCCCCCUCUUCUCCUACUCGCACUAGAACCGAAUCGCAUAAAGUUACCGAUAGAAUAUCAGAUCGGCAACUAUCUUCUUACAGUCCCAACAUUAGUCAUUCAUCCAUCCGUCUGUCAAGUCCUGACAGACAAGAGACGUCACAAUCGGAGAAAUUAACAGAAAAUCGGUUAGAUGCACAGAAAUCCAAAACACCAAAAGAUGUAAUUGAAGUAUCAAAGACAGAAUCUCAUUCGUCUAAAGAAGGUAGCGGAAAAUCGAGAAGGAGACGAACAGCUUUUACCAGCGAACAACUUUUAGAAUUAGAAAAAGAAUUUCAUUCUAAAAAAUAUUUAUCUCUAACUGAAAGAUCUCAGAUCGCCCAUACCCUUAAACUAAGCGAAGUUCAGGUAAAAAUAUGGUUUCAGAAUAGGAGAGCCAAAUGGAAAAGAGUUAAAGCAGGCUUGACUUCUGGUAGAACGGCAGCUACAGGAAGUGCCAACAAUUCGAGCGGACCCAAAAUUGUUGUUCCUAUACCCGUUCAUGUAAACAGAAUGGCUAUACGAAGUCAGCACCAACAACUAGAAAAGUCAGCAGCCAGUGUUCGUCAUAGACAAACUUCAGGAAAUGGUUUGCCGUUAUAAUAAUAAUGCUGAAAGUAUAACAUCGCACAACGAAUAGGAGCUUAACAGCAAGAGCAUGGAAGGCACAUUUGGUCGAACUUCAUUGUAAUUAUAGCUAAUUACAUACGAUAAUUUUAAUUAAUUGUAUAUUCUUUUAAACUCCGAAAGCCCGAUUCUUGGAAGCGAUUAACAAAGAUUGGCCAAAUUUGCCAUAACGAAUUGAAAAGCUACGUGUCUUACUGCUUUGUCUCUUGCAAGAUCCUAUUUUAAUAUUAUUGUAUCCUGUUGUUAACAACAAAAUCUCCAGUGGCCAAUAUGAUGAUCGAAAUUGAUCCAAUCACAGUUUGAGCUUUUACUAAUACCAAAGAUUGUACAGUUUAAUAAGAAAUGAGGAAACGCAGUUUCUUAAGUUGUUAAGUGUGUCUAAAUCUUGUGACUAUCGCUUAUAACGAUCCGAGUUUAGUUUCAAGUGCCAAAGCGAAUGGACUCUUUCUUUCUUUCCUUCAUCCUAUUAAGGUUAACGGGGAAAAAAAGGACCAUUCGCAUAAUAAUUUGAAUAUCGACGAAGAAUGAUAUGAACUAAAGUAAAUAUUUGGUUGUAUGUAAAUCUGUCUUCUUGUUUAA